UUGCAACCCGUGCUGACCUGGGGUUCUGACCACAAGAUGUCAAUGUUCCUCCUGCUAUAGCUAUCUAAGCAACAAGUGGAAAGGUCUCCUACAGUACACCUAUCACAUUCUCUCUCUGUCUCUCUGUCUCUCUCACUCUUGCACUUUAUUUCUCACUGUCUCUCUGUCUACCUCCUCAUAGGUGUGCAUAAUUGGUAAAUGAUUGUGUUGUCUUAGAUUGAGGUGCUCUGUGUGUAAGUGCUCUGUGUUUAAGUAAAAGCCAUGGGUAUCUCUCUGCUUCUCUUCGCACUGCUCUCCAUUUUCUCCCACUGCUCAGCUCAGUGGUGUUACCAGACCCAGUACUCCUGUGAUGACAGAUGCAAAGACCCCAGCCGCUGGUCAGAGCAAUUCCCAAGCUGUGGAGGGGAUCGGCAGUCACCAAUUAACAUUGUGACCAGCCGUGUGCAGCCCAAUAGCAGCCUCGCACCCUUCCAUUUCCAUGCAUACAAUGGUACCUUUAACCUCUCUGCAGAGAACAAAGGACACUCUGUUCACUUCGACCUACCUGGGAAGGUGCAGGUGAGUGGAGGGGGCUUGCCGGAUCGGUACCGGGCAGUCCAGUUCCAUCUCCAUUGGGGUAUGGAAGGAGGACCUGGGUCAGAGCACACCAUAGAUGGAGAGAGGUAUCCCAUGGAGCUGCACAUUGUCCACGUCAAAGAAAUCUACGCUUCUCUGGAGGAGGCAGCGCACGAUCCCUCGGGCGUGGUGGUGCUCGCCUUCUUAUUCGAGGAGUCCAGUGAUGAUCAACCUCACAUCAACACACUGAUUGAGGCACUAGGGAAAGUCAGGCAAAAUGGAACCAGUAGCCUUGUCACAGGGUUCCGACUCAGUGACAUCAUACCGUGCUCUAAAAAACUCCACAGUUACUAUCGCUACGUGGGCUCCAUGACGACACCAGGCUGUGAUCAGGCAGUGGUCUGGACUCUGUUUCACCAGACCCUCCUCAUUAGCCACAGCCAGCUGGUGUCUGUAGCCCAGCAGUGUCAGUUCUGGACCGGCCAGUCAAUGCAUGGAAUCUUCCGGCCUGUCCAGCGGCUGAACGGCCGGACUGUGUACAGGUCGAGUGCCAGCCUUGCUGUACCUCUUCUGAGCAGCACCGGCCUGUGUGUUUUGUGUGUUCUGUGUGUACUGGGGGUUCUCUACUGAGAUGGAAGCUAACCUGAUAAAAAGU